AUGGCCGCCCGUCUACGCAAGACCUUCCACUACCCCACCGACGACGCAGCCGACUCCUCCAGCGACCGCGAAGACCUCGACGAGCAAGAGCAGGAAUCACUCAUCCAAGACCUGGCGCAGCGAGACUUGAACAACACAAUCUUCUACCGACGCGCUUUUACUGCUUUACCCACUGCUGCAGCGCUGAUAUACCUGCCUGUCUUGUUCUCUGCAGAUUCUUUCAGGCAUGUGCUGCUGGCUCUGCUGUCGUUGACUUCGUUGGCAGGCACGGUGUAUAUUUUGCUCCAUGUGCAUUCUGCGCCGGCUGCUGUGGAUAGUGGGAGUCUGUCGCCUGCGAUGAUUGAUAGUAGGGGUCCGUUGGAUGUUGCGUUGCCUUGGUUGAAUGUUGCGCUUACUGCUGUGCUGGCCUUGUCCGGUGUGCUGGCUUGGAAGAGAGACUUGCUGGAUGAAGCAUGGCGUGCUUUCUUGCCUGCUGCUAUUCUCCUCGUCACAAUGUACGCUCGUUCUCAACUCGUUCCCCUCGAUGUCGCCAGCUUGGAACGUCUCAAGUACAAUUACAAGGGUGCUUGA